AGAAAGCCGAUACAGAUUCAAAUAAGUUAAUUGAUUUUACGAAAGAAGAAAAGGAAGUCGUCCGAAAAGCUUUUGAUAGAGCUUUUAAAGAUCCAAGUGACCUUUCAAAAAGGUUUAUGCUCUUUAUUAACAAGUGUUUGCGUAAAUACGAAACGACAAGUGAAUAUUAUGCGCCAUACACAACCUUAAUUCAAGCCAGUGGAACAGGAAAAUCCAAAUUAUUGAUGAAUUUUGCAGAAAAUGUAAUGACUGUAUAUUGUUGUUUGCGCGACUCCAAAUCAAGUGGUUAUCCAUCCAGAUCACAUAUUGCCAAAACACUAUUAGAUGAGUUUAAUCAUGAACGAAAAGCAAUAGUUACCUACCUUGCAUACAUAUGCGCAUGUUUUCAAAAGAUGCAGGAAUUUAAUGGGAGUUGCAAAAAAUGGAUUGAUGAACAUACUAACAACAAUUCUCAGGAGGACUUCUGGAAAGAUGUUGAACGUAGAAUGACUAAUAUCAUACCCGAUCUUAUGAAAUAUCAAUCAGAUAGAACAAUGGCUGAAGGGAUCAAUAAAUACUUUGAUGGACAAAAAAUAAUAAUAGGUGAAGGUUCAGUUAAAUGUCUGUUUGCGUUCGAUGAAGCUCGUACUCUGGUUAAUCAAAAG